ACACUAUUUUUGGGUCCAUAAACUUUCUAUUUUAAUCUUGUUGAAAGAAAUAGUCUCCAUACUCUUUUGCUUUUACAUUUGAGAACAAAAAUGUGUUACACUAAUAUAAGAAUAAUUGAUAUGUAACUUGUAACAAUUUAGUAACAUAUUUUAUGCAAGAUUUUAAGAAGAGGUUUAUAAACUCAACUCCACCUUCUAAAUAAUAAAAUCAUAAACAGUAAUCAUUAAAUCCUAAAUUCAAUGUUUAGAUUAUUUUUAAAAAAUAAUAUCUAACUUAUGGUAUUUUAAGAAAUUUUUAAAGAUUUGGGUAUUAAAACUCUUAACAAAAUUUAGUUGAGUUAUUUUAUCGAGCUUCCCUAAAAUUACAAUGUAUCGUAGCUCAUUAGCAACUUUCUGGCGUUUCAGUGUUUUGUGAUUGCACUGCGUGCAGUUACGUGAAUAAAUAACAGCACGCAACCACUUCAAGAGAAAGAGGAAAAAAAAGCUGUUGAAAAUUGUAUAAAAUCUUUCUCCAGUCGGCACUGAGAGAAGGAGAGCUCAGAGAGAGAAAAAAGAAAGAAAGAUGGGAAGCGGUGUAGCUCUCUUUACUCUCUCCUUUCUUCUCGCAGCCCAUCAUGCUCAUUCCGCAAUCGGCGUGAACUGGGGAACGCUGUCGUUUCACAAGCUGAGACCUUCCACAGUGGUGGAUCUCCUCAAAGCAAACAAAAUAACCAAAGUAAAGCUCUUUGAUUCAAACCCAGAUGCACUUCGAGCUCUAAUGGGCACUGGAAUCCAAGUCAUGAUCAGCAUUCCCAAUGAGCUGCUCUCCACUUUCAGCUCCGAUCUCUUCGUCCAGCAGAACCUCUCUCGCUUCAUGGGCAAAGGUGGCGCUGAUAUCAGGUACGUUGCUGUAGGGAACGAGCCGUUCUUGACGAGUUACGGCGGUGCGUAUCAGAACUAUGUUGUCCCAGCUAUGGUUAACUUGCAGCAGUCUUUGGUUAAAGCAAAUCUAGCUAGCUAUGUGAAGCUGGUGGUUCCUUGCAACGCGGAUGCGUAUGAGUCUAACGUUCCUUCUCAAGGGACGUUUAGGCCUGAGCUAACGCAGAUCAUGACUCAGUUGGUUUCGUUUCUAAACUCAAAUGGGUCCCCCUUUGUUGUCAAUAUCUAUCCUUUCCUUAGUCUCUAUCAAAACUCCGACUUCCCGCAAGACUUUGCGUUUUUCGAGGGAAGUAGUCACCCGGUUCUUGAUGGGCCUAAUGUUUAUUACAAUGCGUUUGAUGGGAACUUCGACACUCUUGUCUCUGCUCUCGCCAAGAUUGGGUAUGGUCAAAUGUCUAUAGUUAUUGGGGAGAUUGGUUGGCCUACGGAUGGAGCAGUGGGUGCUAACCUCACUGCGGCGCGGGUUUUCAACCAAGGGCUUAUUAACCAUCUGUUGAGCAACAAAGGGACGCCGCUCAGGCCUGGCUCACCUCCUAUGGAUGUCUAUCUUUUCGGUUUGCUUGACGAAGGAGCUAAGAGCACACUGCCUGGUAACUUUGAAAGGCACUGGGGGAUCUUCUCUUUUGAUGGACAGGCUAAGUAUCGUCUCAACUUAGGACUAGGCAACAGAGGGCUCAAGAAUGCGGAGAAUGUUCAGUACCUACCUUCCAGGUGGUGUGUGGCUCACCCAGAGAAGGACAUGACCCAAGUUACAGACCACUUGAGGCUUGCUUGCAGUCAAGCGGAUUGCACAACGCUCAACGACGGGGGAUCAUGCAGCCAGCUUGGGGAGAAGGAUAAUAUCUCAUAUGCUUUCAACAGUUACUAUCAGCUGCAGAUGCAAAAUGAGAAGAGCUGCGACUUUGAUGGGCUUGGUAUGGUCACCUUCCUAGAUCCUUCAGUUGGGGAUUGUAGAUUUCUUGUUGGCGUUACAGAUAAAUCGUCUAGUGCUUCUGAGCUGAUGGCAAGGUGGGAUAUCUACCACAUUUGCAUUGGACUGGUGGUCUGGGCUCUCACACGGUGUUACAUUUUAUGAGCGAUAUACUGGAGAAAUUACAUAUAUAGAGAGGUUCAUAUUGAAUGUAUUGUAUUUGAAGUCACUUUCUUGAGCAUAUUGUAUUAUCAUCAUCUUCUUGGAGUUUAUAUUAGAAAGCAAGUUGAAAUGUCUCUUUCUCUUUAGUCUCCACUACAACUAUUGUAUCUUUGUUGUCAAUGUAGUUUGUACCUAAAUAUCAACAUCAUCAUCUACUACAAUUCUUCUGGUUUCCA